UAUGAGGCAAAACUCCUUGCAAAGGUGCGUUGCAGCAGCAAACAAAAUCAUCGCAGUGGACGGAAUAACAUUGACGGUGCCUAUCCGACAGCGCGGACUAUUCUAUUCGGCUAGUUCAUGGCAUAAACUGAAGCAGGCAGUUUAUAUCGUAUCGAAAAAAUUACCUGACGUAUGAGUUUUUGGUGAGUUUAGUGAAAACGUGCGGUUGGUGACGGAAUUUGCAGAAGUCAGCAAACUGAAAGAUCGAAAAUACUAUGUGAACAUAUGAGCAGUGAGGAGAAAAAUACAAUGUGUCCAACUACCCCCAUAGUUCAGGCGGCGUCCUCUCAGCUGACAUGCAGAACAACCGCGAGCAACAACAACAUCCAGCAGAACGAUGAAGCAACGAAUUAUGAAAAAUUCGGCGGUCCGAAUGAUGUGUUUAGUGAGAAGGACAACGACAUCAGUCGAACAAUUAAAAAGCUAGACGAAGAAACCAAAGAAAAUAGUAAACUAAGGCGAGAAAUCGAGCAGUUUCGGCCAUCAAUCAAAUGGCCCGAUCUGAUAGUGCAGCUGUUUAUUCAUUUAGGGUGUUUGUAUGGACUGUUCUUAUGUGUGUGGUCAGCGAAGUUGUUUACGUUACUAUUCGCAUUCCUUACUGUAAUCGCAUCAGGGUUUGGCAUAACUGCCGGGGCUCAUAGACUGUGGUCCCAUCGAGCUUACAAAGCGAAAUGGCCCCUCAGGAUGCUUCUAGUCUUCUUAUUUACCAUAGCUGGACAGAGGCAUAUUUACGUUUGGGCUCUGGACCAUCGCGUCCAUCACAAGUACAGUGAAACCGAUGCCGAUCCUCACAACGCAAAAAGAGGCUUUUUCUUCUCGCAUGUGGGUUGGCUGGUUCUCACUCCUCAUCCACUGGUGGUGGAGAAACGGAAAAUGGUCGACAUGUCCGACUUGGAGAAUGACUCAAUAGUCAUGUGGCAAAAAAAACUCUAUCCAAUGUUAUUUCUGCUGUUUGCCAUUAUGUUGCCUGUGGGAAUUCCCGUGUACUUCUGGAACGAGACCCUGUGGAACUCCUUUUGGAUCAAUUUCAAUGCCCGCUUUUGCAUCACAUUGAACAUUGCGUUUUUCGUCAACAGCGUUGCUCAUAUGUGGGGCCAGAAGCCAUACGAUAAGUUUAUCAGUCCAGUGGAAAAUCUCGCCGUGUCCAUUGCAGCUCUGGGAGAAGGCUGGCACAACUACCACCAUGUAUUUCCUUGGGACUACAAAACAGGAGAGCUGGGUAAUUGCUGGAAUCCGUCCACACAUUUCAUCGACUUCUUCGCAAAACUUGGAUGGGCCUACGAUUUGAAAAGCGUUUCCAGCAAAAUGAUUGCUCGAAGAGCGCAAAGAAGUGGCGAUGGAAGUCACAUUUGGGGCUACGGAGAUGCCGACAUCGAACUGGAGGAUUUGAAAGAACUGGAAGACAUGAAGUCGGUGAAUUCCAGCGAAAAAACCGACUAAAAGAGUAGCUUUCUAUAUAUUGCAAAAAUUGUAGCUUCACCGUAUGCCUUGGAAAUUAUUUAAUUUUUCAUAAUGUGUGAGUAGGAGUGAUUUCACUGCCUGUCAUAUUAAGCUACUACUACUUACUAUGGUAGCAAAUGUACAAUUCCAAGAAUAACGUCCACUAACUGGUAGGUUCUUACAAUGACACUGUUAAUGCCCGAAUUAACUAUUAUAUUCAAAUAUAAGCACACCUGCAAGUAUUUUUUCAAACGAUAUUUUGUUAAGAUGUUUCUUAUUGUUCUUAAUACAAAUAUAUGUUAUGUU